GUACUUAUUAUGCUCGUUCGUUUUCCCGUUGUUGUUCUUCCCACUGUUUUUUUGUUUGUUUGUUCAAUUUUUCUACCUCCAUUCGUGGGUCUCUUGCCUUUCAGUAAAGAUACAGAUAAUGGAAGUCAUAGUAUUGGGAUAAACAAGUACGGUGUGAACGGCGGUUUGCACUAUUCUAUGUGGCGGGACACAGCAUGCGGUCGCGCGUUGCUGCACAGUCUUUAUUGGUUAACAUAUUUGCAAUUGGGGGUGCCUGAGAAUAUGAGAGAGACAGAUACGACACAAAUAGAAAAUAACGAUACCCUCUCAACGGAACGUCCGGUGAUAAACUAUAACAGUCCCAUAUUUGGUACGCAGCCUUUGACAACAACUGGUGCACCAAAGAUUGCUGUUUCGGAGGGGUGA